AUGAAUUCGUUUAAUAAAUUGGAACCGUACACUUUCGACAGCUUUUAUUCAGCUUUACAGCCGAUAUAUCCUACCGGUUACCGCGCCAACGCGUAUUCCCAGCGCGUCCCGAUUGUGCCUUCUUAUCCCUCCCGUGUCCCGACCGCCCCCCUUUUCAAUCACAAUCAAUCGCAAUCAGGUUCGCAUUGGCAUAAAUCAAAUUUAACAAGGCAUAGAUCUCUAUCAGAUUUUACCGAGCAUGAAAAUUCAUAUAAUUAUCCUUGGUUAGAAUUUGCGACUCCUCAACAAAAUUUACCAUUGUGGAAUGAAAAUUUUCCCACAUCGACCAGAUUCGACACGGCUUACACGGUUCCAUCAUAUCAGAGCAGCCUUUAUUCAUAUACGACUCCCCUAACGCAAUCAUCAUCCCUUGCACAUUAUGGGUCGAACAGUUUAAAAACCGAAUUGCAAGGAUUAAAUUUAAAAGGUUUAGAUUAUUUUUGUAAAAAUAAUUUGAUGGAUGGUUGUAAUUCAGAAAAUAUUCAAUGGCCGAAAACCCCGAGUUCGAGUUCGGAAUCGACGACGACAACCACAUCCGAAUUAGGAUCGGUUUUGAAUUUAGAUAAUAGUAAUUUAUUAUCAAAUUACCCUGUUUUUCCUUGUGAUCCGACGGGGCCAACGACAGAAUUAAAUAGAACAUCGGGAAAGAUGAAUUCAUCAACUUCCUGUCACGGAUACGCUCACAAAUCAACCGAUAGAACAACAGAGAGGCCACAGCUAGGUCAUAUAGCACCGCGACAACUUCCAGCAGAUUCAGCUGAAAUAGACAGAAUAAUGGCAAAAAUCGAACAAGAUAAUCGAGUGUUAGCUGAAUUAGAUAAAACAAGAGCAACAGUCGGAAGACUUGAAGGGAUACUGUCGGGAGGCAGAAAUCGCCUCCUCCCAAAAGCAGGAAAUCGAGCAGUUCACUGGAAUCUAUCAAGUACAAGAUCAAAAGAAUCUGAUAUCUCGAAACGUUGUGAUGCCAUUGUUUAA